AUGGACUGUCGGAAUCUGCUUAAUACUACUAAACCAGUCUUCAAACCUCCUUGGGAUCCAUACUAUGCUACCAUCAUGAGAUCACACGGUCUCUCGCCGUCGCCAUCGCCGUCCCUUAGUAGUACUUCAAGCAUUGUUUCUGCCGCCUCAAGUCUUACCGAUGUGCCAACCUUCAACUCCGAAUCCAGCAAGAAAGCGCACCAAGGCGAGCCUCCUCUAAUUGAGCCAUCUCACUUCGACUACAGCAAGGUCGACUGGAAGCGACUGCCAGGCUUUAGUGUUCCAAUUGCGCGACCUCACACAAGUUAA